UGGCUAUUAAGUGUAAAGUUACGUUUAAGCAUUGAUAUUUGAUUUAGAAGUAACAGUUUUAAGAGUAGAAUAAUUAAAAACAAAAAAACUGCUGCGUACGAGUUAAAUAAAGUACGAUUUAUUUCUGUUAUAAUGUAUGAAAUAUUUAUUAAACAUUUGAACAAUACUCUUCGAAAUGUCAUUAAAACACCUAAAGUGGUAAUAAAUCUUUCUUCUUCGAAACAUAGGAGGUAUUUUAGUACAAUAAAUAAUAAAAAUAAACAUCAGUUUGAUGGUCCGGAUCUAAAAGAUUUCAUCUCGAAAGAUGCCCCUACUGAGUUACAUGAGAUAAUACAUAUUAAAGAAAAAGUUCCUUAUAUUGAUAUAAUCAAUUCAGGACAAAAUCGCAAAGUUUAUAUAGAAGUCUAUGGUUGUCAAAUGAAUGUAAGUGAUUCUGAAAUUGUUUGGUCUAUAUUAAAAGAAGAUGGGUAUAUUAAAUCAAAUAGUAUAUAUGAGGCUGAUAUAGCUUUACUUGUAACUUGUGCUAUUAGAGAUAGUGCUGAAAAUAAAGUAUGGACAAGAAUUAAACAAAUUCGAUCAGUAAAACGCUGGCGAGGUAAAUUAGAUCCAUUGAAAAUUGGAAUUUUAGGAUGCAUGGCAGAAAGGUUAAAAGAAAAAUUAGUUGAUCAAGUUAAAGGAGGUGUUGAUCUAGUUGCUGGUCCAGAUAGUUAUAGAGAUUUACCUAGGCUUUUAGCCAAAACACAUGUGGGUCAGAAAGCUGUCAAUGUUUUAUUAUCUGUUGAUGAAACAUAUGCUGAAAUCAAACCGGUUAAAUUGAAUGACGAUAAUGUUACUGCAUAUGUGUCAAUAAUGCGAGGUUGUAAUAACAUGUGCACUUACUGCAUUGUACCUUUUACUAGAGGUCGAGAACGUUCUAGGUCUGUAGAAUCUAUAAUAAAUGAAAUCAAGUAUUUAUCAGAUAAAGGUUUUAAAGAAGUUACAUUAUUAGGUCAAAAUGUGAAUAGCUACUGUGAUUUAAGUACUUCUUCACAUUUUAUUCCAUCUAUUGCCACUUUAUCAUCAGGUUUUAAAACAGUUUAUAAACCUAAAAAAGGUGGUGUUCGUUUUGCUGAACUUUUAAAAAGAGUAGCUGAAGUUGAUCCAGAAAUGAGAAUAAGAUUUACAUCACCUCAUCCAAAAGAUUUUCCUGAUGAGGUGUUAACUGUAAUUUCAGAAAAAAAUAACAUUUGUAAAAAUUUACAUUUACCAGCCCAAAGUGGAAAUUCAGACAUUUUGGAACGUAUGAGAAGAGGAUAUACACGAGAAUCUUACUUGAACUUAGCUCAACAUAUUAGGAGUUGUAUACCUGAUGUAACAUUUUCUAGUGAUUUUAUAGCUGGCUUUUGUGGGGAAAGCAAUGAACAAUUCAAUGAUACCAUAAGUUUAAUGGAAACUGUGAAAUACCAUAAUGCAUUUUUAUUUGCUUAUAGUAUGAGAGAAAAAACAAAAGCAUUUCAUCAUUACAAAGAUGACGUACCACAAGAUGAGAAAAUUGAAAGAGUAAAAACCAUGUUCAGUGUGUUUAGAAAACAAGCUACAAUUUUAAAUGCAAUGUUUGUUGAGACAGAGCAACUCAUAUUAGUUGAAGGUGAAAGUCGAAAAGACCCUACUAAGCUUUGUGGGCGAACUGAUGGUAACAUUAGAGUUAUAAUUCCAAAUAUCAAGUUGCCAAAUACCGAAAAAUCAAUAAAUCAAACUAUCAAACCUGGUGAUUAUGUAUUAGUAAAGAUAACAGAAUCAAAUUCGCAAAUUUUAAAAGGUACUCCUUUAAAAAUUACAAGCCUUCAAAAGUGCUCAACUGCUUUUGUUGAAAACAACGUUUAGAAUGUAUUCUUAUAAUGUUGUGUUACUUAGUUACUAAUUUUUAAAUU